AUAAGACAAGCCUGUUGAUUAGUGUAAAAUAUCAAUUCCUAUAUACUUUAUCCAUUAUAAAACUAAUUCUCCAUUACUGUUUAGUAGCAAACUGAAGCUUCAAGAGUGAACAGAAAUAAAAUUAAAAUUUUUUUUUUCUCUACUUUUCAAGUGCAAGGUUUCGAGACAAAUAAAAUAAAGCAUAACCAAGUGAGCAGAAGAAAAAAAAUCGAUAUCACGCUGCGCAUUCAAAUGAUAUAAUAAACAACAAAAAAUUUGUGAUAACAAGCAUUUUACGAUAGAUAAUAAUAUAGUGUUAAAAGAGCACUUCCAGCGAGGCCAACUUUUAUUAAGCAUUUAAAGCUACAUAAAUCAUAUCGUGCAUAAAAUUUGCAUUACUUUUGUGGUCAAUCAAAAAAAGAUAAAAAAAAAAUAAUUAAAUAAAUAAUCAUGGCCUUAAGAUGUUUAGGUGUAUUGAUUAACAAGGAACUGUCUGGCGGAAUCGCGCGCAGACUCAUCAGCACGACUGCAUCACGUUCCAAUUUUUUGAAAGAAUCACCAAAUGCAUUUCUCAAUAAGAAUCUUUUGAAUCGCUAUACACGUCUAAAGUAUGAUCCAAAAUUAGUUCAGGCAACAUACGUCUGGAUUGAUGGAACUGGAGAAAAUGUUCGUUUGAAGGAUCGUGUACUCAAUAAAAUUCCAGAAAAACCAGAAGACUGCCCAGACUGGCAAUACGAUGGAAGUUCAACAUAUCAAGCACAAGGUGGAAACUCAGACAUUGCAAUCGUUCCACGUGCUUUAUACAAAGAUCCAUUCAAAGUUGGUGAGCAUGAUGUAAUUGUCCUUUGUGACACAUACAAACCCGAUGGAAGUCCAUGUGAAACAAAUCAUCGUGCAGCAAUGCAAUCUGCCUAUGAAAAAACAAAAGACGUAGAACCCUGGUUUGGCCUUGAACAGGAAUACACAUUCUUGGAUGUUGAUGGACGACCUCUAGGCUGGCCAGUAAAUGGUUUCCCAGGACCACAAGGACCUUACUACUGCGCAGCUGGUGCAGAAAAAGUUGUUGGACGAGACAUUGUUGAAGCUCAUGCCUUAGCAUGUUUAUACGCUGGAGUUGACUUCGCUGGAACCAAUGCCGAAGUAAUGCCUGCACAAUGGGAAUAUCAAAUCGGACCAUCACUAGGAAUGAAAGCUGCCGAUGACCUUUGGGUAUCUCGUUACAUUUUAUGGCGUAUUGCUGAAGAGUUUGGCGUUGUUGUCACAUUCGAUCCUAAACCAAUGGAAGGAAAUUGGAACGGAGCCGGUGGACACACAAACUUCUCAACAGCACCAAUGCGUGAAGAAGGCGGAAUUAAGGCAGUUGAAGAAGCAAUCAUCAAGCUUUCAAAGGAACAUCCAAAACACAUUAAGGCAUAUGAUCCACGUGGAGGCAAAGAUAAUGAAAGACGUCUUCUCGGUCGUUUGGAAACAUCAUCAAUUGAUAAAUUCACAUGGGGAGUUGCUGACCGUAGCUGUAGUGUGAGAAUUCCACGUGGAGUUGCAAAGGCACAAAAGGGUUAUUUGGAAGACAGACGUCCAUCAUCAAACAUGGAUCCCUACAGCGUCUGCAAUGCUAUCCUCACCACUUGUCUAGUAGAUUAAAAAAAGCACACACAAAGUAUCAGAUGUUGAAAAUUUUAAUGCAGGUGAAAAAGGCACAGAAAGAAAAAAUUGAAGAGAAAAAAAUAAUAUAAUGUUAAUUGUGAUUAAGGAUGAAUAUAUACGUAAAACGAUACUCUUUUGUUCUAAUUUGUUAAACGACUAAUGAUGAAACAUGGAUAAUAAUGUAAACGCCUUGAAGGAGAUACGAUUGUAUCUACAUGAAAAUUUAAUGCAGUUCUUUUUCGCAUCCUACAUGCUUUUAUCUCACAAAUGAGAUUUCUUUCGAAACUCAUUUUUUUAUGCUGCUUUUCAAGGCUUAUUUUUGUUGCUAUUUCUUGUUUCCUAUUAUGAAAUCAUGGUUUCAUAACUAGGCUAUAAACAAGUUUAAGUCUAAACGUGAUUGGUGAAUGGUUAGAGUGCAUUUUUUGUCUUCAAAUUGAACAGGAAUAUUGACUGUGCUGGAUUCUAAAUUAUAUUAAUUUAGCUAAUAUUUUUUUCAGUCAGUCGACUAAUGUGAGAAUAUGACCGUAUGUAAAAUGUGCUAAAAAUAGUCACCAGUCAAGUUUUUGUUAUUUUUUUUCGUAUAUACACAGUUUAAGCCUUUUACAUCAAAAUAUUGAUGUAAAAAUGAUUUCAAGCAACUCAUUGUCAUGCCAGU